AUGAGGGUAGAUGCCCAGAUCAUGGUCCUUAACUGUCCUGCUUGCCAGCACCACGCCCCUGAGCACCACCAGCCGACCAACCUCAUGAUCCCCAUCACCUCGCCAUGGCCGUUCGAACAAUGGGGGACUGAUAUAAUCGGCCCAUUCCCCAGAGCCCCAGGCAAUUUUGCAUACGCGGUGGUGGCGGUAGAUUACUUCACCAAAUGGGUUGAGACCGAGCUUUUGAGAAGUAUCACCGGAUCGGCAGUUCAAAAAUUCUUCUGGAAGAGCGUGGUUUGUUGCUUCGGCCUAUCCCGGGUUGUCAUCUCGGACAAUGGGAGGCAGUUCGUUGAUAACCCCUUCAAAGCAUGGUGUGAAAACCUUGGGAUCAAACAGCAUUUCACCUCGGUUGGACACCCCCAGGCCAAUGGGCAGGCCGAAAACUUCAACCGCACUCUCCCCAUGGCCUCAAAACUAGAUUGCAUCGAGCCGGAGCGUCCUGGAUGGAGGAGCUCCCCAGCGUGCUGUGGUCUUACCGGACUACCCCGAGGUCAGCAACACAGGAGACCCCGUUCUCUCUAA